AUGAAAUCGAUCCUAGUGUUCCUCUGCGCUCUCUUCGUUGGCGCUUUCGCCAACGAUAGUCCAUUCUACAUCACUGAACCUAAACAAGGUGCUGUUUAUCGUGCUGGGGAUGUUAUCCCAAUUUCAUGGUUGAAUGGUCUGGAUGUCGAUGCCACGGUCGUGUUGGUGGAAGGUCAACCUCCGGACAGCAUGCAUAACACCAGCCACAUGUUCAAGAUCUCUGGCAAGUCGAAUAGUUAUAACUGGACGGUUCCUACUAGUGUGAAUUCCGAAGCCACCUAUGCUUUCAUGGUCCUUUUCGACCACAACGGUAAAUUUACUUCGUCUUUCUCUGUGCCUUUCAAGCUCGGUGGUGAUGGCAAUGGCAACGGAAACGGUAAUGGCAAUGGCAAUGGCAACGGCAACGGAAACGGCAAUGGUAAUGGCAACGGCCACGGCAAUGGUAACGGCAACGGCCACGGCAAUGGUAACGGCAACGGCCACGGAGGCAACGGCAACGGCAACGGCAACGGCCACGGAGGUAACGGCAAUGGUAAUGGUAACGGCGGAAACGGCAACGGCAACGGCAAGCCUACUUCCGUGUCUGCACCUCCGUCGAUGACAUUUGGUGCUACUCAAGCCACACACGUCAAGAUGGCCACUAACAAACCCUCCAGCAAGCCCUCCAGCAAGCCUGCUACGCAGAACAGUGGCUCACAUCUUACUUGGGCUACUGUCAGUCUCCUUCCUGUGAUCUUGGCCAGUAUCAUUUUGAACUAAAAGUAUCUGUUGCGUGAGUGAAAGUGGAAUUCACUAUGGAAUCCACUUGUUAUAAAACAAUUAAUAGACUACACCGUUUUCUAGUACAUAAAUAGUAGAUUUGUUUCAAG